CAGACUACUGGAGGCAGGACGAGAGCACUGAAGUUCAUUAUCGCGAUGCCUAUUGUUCUCUUCGAGGCCGGGUCAUACUGCGUCUUUGGACAGGUAGUAACGGACCAGAGUGAGAAACUGAUACAUUCGGCAUACAGUUGUGGAUGGAUGGACUGCGACACUCGAUUCAGACGCAACCUGCUCACUUUCUGUAUGGGUGCCAGGCGGCCUCUGGAGAUCACAGUGGGUAGGAUGUCCAAGCUGUCCAAGGAGACUUUCCUGCAGGUUUUAAAUGGAGCGUACGCGAUGUUCAACAUGCUUUACGGGUUACAAAGUAAUAGAUAAAGUCCCAGUUGUCUACUUUGGCAAAGAACAUAAGCUGAC